AUGCCAGAGGAGACCCCCCUUUCCAUCUUGAAGCUAUUUCACACGGAAGGCUAUGGGUUUGGCUUGAAGCCCUCUGAGGAAAGAGGGUGUGGAGGUGCAGGCGGCAGGCUCUGCAGGGCUUCUCCCCCAGGAGCCACCCCCGGGCCACUCUGCCACCUCCUUGAGGACCAGAGGCUCUCACACCUGGAGUUGAGCAGAAGGGUGUUAUCUGGGCCCCUGGGGAGGAGGGGCCACAGAACUUUGCCACCAAAAUCUAAGGAGCAAUCGAAGCCCAAAGGAUCAAGGCCCAGUGGCCAGAAGAGCAGUCUCUGA